AUGGCUCAACAUUCUCGUCACGUUCCCAAGUUUGGGAACUGGGACACUGACAACGUUCCAUACACUGCAUACUUUGAGCAUGCACGCAGAGAAAAGGGUGGGGUCAUGAUGAAUCCUAAUGACCCAUUUAAAAACCCUGAGGCCUUCAACCACACGUGCAUGAGAGUUGGUAAAAAUGUUGAUGCUGAUGAGGUGAUGGGUUCUCAUGGCUAUUCCCACAAUGGAAAUUCUUUGAAAAAUGGAAGCUUUGGGGUGUUGGGGAACCGCACUCAACGUGAUGUGCGUGGCAGGAGCAGGGGCAGUAAUGGUGGUUUCACAGCAGAGUUUGUGAGUGAGCAAAGCCAUUUUGAUCACUCUGUGAGUCACAGAAGCCCCCAAUCAGAUCACAAGCGGAACAUAUCCAAAAGCAGCAUUAAGAGCUUCUCUUCGUCGAGUCAUAAUACAAACAGGAGUAGAAACUCUUCCUUUGAUGACCACGCGCAUCAAAAUCCAUCGUCAAAUUCAAAAUCAGGCCCGCGAGCCGAUAUCCGACAACUGAUAAGAACCCUCUCUGGCAUUUGA